GCUUGCCCCACUCUUCUGUUUGCGUUUUCACAAGUUCUCUCUCUCUCUCUCAUGUUCUUCCUCUCUCUCUCUCUGAGUUAAUAAUAAUAAUCCAUUCUCAAAUUCUUAUAGGAGUAUCCUCCUCAGUUGCUAUUUCAUAAGCAAAUUGAUUGCACUUGUGGUUGAUUGCUGUUGCAAAUGAUGGCCGCCUCGGUUUCAGCCACAGCAAUCGUUCCUCAAGCUCGCAGCUCUUCAGCAGGGGGAGGAGGAGGAACAAGAGAUGUUAAUUUCACCACUAAUCGUCGUUUCCAUUUCAUAAAACCUUCACCUUCACAUCCUGCAUAUCCGCCUAUUACCAAAUUAGCUGCCGCCCGGCGGCAAGGUGUAGUUGCCUUUCUUCCACAGAGAUUGAAGGCUCAUAGAGGAUGUGAAGUGUCAAAUACCCGUAAGAAGAAGUGCUUUGCCUGGAAACAUCAGACUUAUACGUUUGAUCAGUUGCCAACUCGAGCAAGUUUUCCUGGACAACAUAAAUGCUGCUCAAGCUUUUGCAGAGGAAGAGUGUUCAGCAUGAAGAGAUUUACUACAAGUAUCUUUAAAGAUAAAUCUCCUCUACAUAUGUCAAGACUUGCAUUUGAUAAUGUCCGUGCGAAGCAAUUUCGUGUUCGACAAGCAGCUGUAGGUCCAGAUGAACCUCAUGCUGCAAGCACAACCUGGCCAGAAGCCAUUUUAGAAAAGCAAGGUCUGGAUUUUAUGGAUUCUGAAGUUGAAGCCCCAGAUUUAGAAAGUUUUCUAAGAGCUGAACUUCCUGCCCAUUCUAAGUUGCAUAGAGGGCAGUUGAGGAAUGGACUUCGCUAUCUAAUUUUACCAAAUAAAGUUCCACAAAGCAGGCUUGAAGCACACAUGGAAGUUCAUGUUGGGUCUAUUGAUGAAGAAGAUGAUGAGCAAGGAAUUGCACAUAUGAUUGAACAUGUUGCAUUCCUUGGGAGUAAAAAGCGUGAGAAACUCCUUGGAACUGGGGCACGCUCAAAUGCCUACACAGAUUUCCAUCAUACCGUGUUUCACAUACACUCUCCAACCAGGACAAAGGAUCCCGAAGAAGAUCUACUUCCAUCUGUUCUUGAUGCAUUAAAUGAGAUAGCUUUUAGCCCAAAAUUUCUUGCUUCUCGGGUUGAGAAGGAGAGACGUGCUAUAUUAUCUGAAUUGCAAAUGAUGAAUACAAUCGAAUAUCGAGUCGAUUGCCAGUUGCUGCAACAUUUACAUUCUGAGAACAAGCUUAGUAAGCGGUUUCCAAUUGGACUAGAGGAGCAAAUUAAAAAGUGGGAUGCAGAUAAAAUCAGGAAAUUCCAUGAGAGAUGGUAUUUUCCUGCUAACGCUACACUAUACAUUGUGGGAGAUAUUGAUAACAUUGCCAAAACAAUUUACCAAAUUGAAACUGUAUUUGGGCAGGUUGGGAUGGAAACUGAGACAUCUAUGGCACCAACACCGAGUGGACUAAGUGCAAUGGCAAGUUUUCUUGUUCCUAAGUUUGCAGCAGGGUUGGCUAGCAGUUUGUCCCAGGACAAGACAUCAGCUUCAAUAGAACAGUCGAAGCAUUUUAAGAGGGAAAGACAUGCAGUUAGGCCUCCUGUUGUACAUAAUUGGUCCAUUCCGGAAAACCAGAAAAAUGUCAAGCUACCACAAAUUUUUCAGCAUGAGUUGCUUCAAAACUUCUCAAUUAAUAUGUUCUGCAAGAUCCCAGUUAAUAAGGUUCAAACAUUUGGUGACCUGAGAAUUGUUUUGAUGAAGAGGAUAUUCCUUUCAGCUCUGCAUUUCCGGAUUAACACCAGAUACAAGAGCUCAAAUCCACCAUUCACUUCAAUUGAGUUGGAUCACAGUGAUUCUGGAAGAGAGGGCUGCACAGUCACUACUCUAACUGUAAAUGCUGAACCAAAGAAUUGGGUUAACGCAAUCAAAGUAGCCGUUCAGGAGGUUCGACGACUAAAAGAGUUUGGCGUUACUCAAGGUGAAUUAGCACGCUAUAUGGAUGCCCUGUUAAAAGAUAGUGAACAGCUGGCAGCCAUGAUUGAUAACGUUGCCUCAGUAGAUAAUUUGGAUUUCAUCAUGGAAAGUGAUGCCCUUGGUCAUACAGUAAUGGAUCAAAGGCAAGGGCAUGAAUGCUUGAUUGCUGUUGCUGAAACAGCGACUCUUGAAGAAGUUAAUUCCAUUGGCGCCAGGGUGUUAGAAUUUAUCUCGGAUUUUGGAGAGCCAUCCGCUCCACUUCCUGCUGCAAUUGUUGCGUGUGUUCCAAAGAAGGUUCAUGUUGAUGGACUGGGGGAAACUGACUUUAAAAUAACACCGACUGAAAUCACCAAUGCUAUCAAAUCAGGGCUAAAAGAGCCUAUAGAGCCUGAGCCAGAGCUAGAGGUUCCUAAAGAGUUGAUACCCCUAUUACAACUUGAGGAACUAAGAUCACAACGUAAUCCGUCUUUCAUUCCUCCAGAAGGAAAUGAUGCUAAAAUAUAUGAUGAAGAAACUGGAAUUGUUCAGAGGCGCCUUUCAAAUGGAAUUCCUGUGAAUUACAAGAUAUCCACAACGGAAGCCAAGGGUGGUGUGAUGCGACUCAUAGUGGGUGGUGGACGAGCAGCUGAAACGAAUGAUUCCAGAGGUUCUGUGGUUUUGGGUGUUCGAACAUUAAGUGAAGGUGGCCGCGUUGGUAACUUCUCAAGGGAACAGGUUGAGCUCUUCUGUGUCAAUCACCUCAUAAACUGCUCAUUGGAGUCCACUGAAGAGUUUAUUUGUAUGGAGUUCCGUUUUACUUUGAGAGACAAUGGAAUGCGGGCAGCUUUCCAACUCCUCCACAUGGUGCUUGAGCAUAGCGUCUGGCUUGAUGAUGCUUUUGAUAGAGCAGUACAGCUUUACUUGUCUUAUUAUCGUUCCAUUCCCAAAAGCUUAGAGCGCUCCACUGCUCACAAGCUCAUGUUAGCUAUGCUGAAUGAAGAUGAGCGUUUUGUGGAGCCCACACCACAAUCACUUCAGAACCUCAACUUGGAAACUGUGAGAAAUGCUGUUAUGAAUCAGUUUGCUGGUGAUAAUAUGGAGGUAAGCAUUGUUGGUGACUUCUCUGCUGAGGACAUUGAGUCUUGUAUUCUCGAUUACUUGGGUACUGUUAAAGGCACAAGAGGUACUACAGAAGCUCAAGACUUCAGCCCGAUCAAAUUCAGACCAUCUCCAUCCGAUUUACAGUUUCAACAGGUCUUCCUGAAGGAUACUGAUGAAAGAGCUUGUGCAUAUAUAGCAGGCCCUGCUCCAAAUCGUUGGGGUUUUAGUGUUGAUGGAGAAGACCUUUUUCAAACUAUUGGGAACAUAUCACUAUAUGAUGAUGAGCUACCUGAACCCGAUGAACCAAUUCUUGAGAAGAAUAAUACCAAUAGUGAACUUCACCAAAAGUUCCAUCGUCAUCCACUGUUCUUUGCCAUUACAAUGGGCUUGCUGGCUGAAAUAAUAAAUUCAAGGCUUUUUACAACAGUCAGGGAUUCUCUUGGAUUAACUUAUGAUGUAUCAUUUGAAUUAAACCUUUUUGAUCGGCUAAAGCUUGGUUGGUAUGUAAUCUCAGUAACUUCAACCCCAGCUAAGGUCUAUAAAGCUGUUGAUGCUUGCAAAAAUGUUCUUAGAGGAUUGCAUAGCAACAAAAUUGCCCCAAGAGAGUUGGACCGGGCAAAGCGGACAUUGCUUAUGAGACAUGAAGCUGAAUCCAAGUCGAACGUAUAUUGGCUAGGUUUAUUGGCUCACUUACAGUCCUCUUCUAUCCCAAGAAAGGACAUUUCAUGCAUUAAGGACCUUACUUCUCUAUAUGAAGCUGCCACUAUUAGGGAUAUUUACCUUGCAUAUGAGCAGCUGAAAAUAGAUGAAAAUUCCUUAUAUACCUGCAUUGGAGUUGCCGGAGCGCAGGCUGGAGAAGCAAUCCCAGAUCCGGUGGAAGAAGAAUCAGUUGAAGGCCUACACGGUGUUCUUCCUGUUGGUCGUGGUUUAUCAACGAUGACAAGGCCAACGACGUAGUGUCCUAAAUUAAUAUUCUGAAGUCUAUUUAGUAUAAAGAGGCAGCAUUUUCCCUAAGACUUUUUGGUGAAUAAUGGCUGCUUCCACCCAAAACACAACCAAGUCAAAGAUCAUCAUCACUAGGGAUUUGUUGUAUAUAAUUCUUCUUCAAAGGGGAUCUAUGGAACUUAAUAACCAUUUUGGCUUUACUAAAAAUGCAUACAUGGGAAUUUUCUUUCAAUAACCCAAGUUUUAUCUUGACCCAACAAGGAGCUAAAUUUGGUAACAGAGCUAUUUGGUCCUUUUUGGGAACAGUUGAAGCAAUCACUCAUCUAGAUGUGUCUUACAUGGGUAAUUUAUGUUGCAGGUUUAUCCUAUUGCAGAUUUAAAAAAGGGGUAAAAUAGACAAAAGAUCAGCUUUUUUCCUUUGUUUUCGUGUUUGUGAGUGUAAUAAUAGUAUCGGAGUUGUAUGCAUCCUCUAAAACAUGACUUUCUUGUUUGUUUAUGUCUUGUUAUAUUAUGUUGACACACUCAGUUAUUUCUUUCA